CUCUGGAAGGCGGCUCUCCGUUUAAAAAGCCUGACAUGUUUAAAUCGGAAGGAUCCCGAACAGAUGAUUGAUGAUUGUCAGCGUGGAUUAUCCCUCUAGCAGGUCGUAACAGGACAAAACAGCAGGGACCGCAUAGAGAGUGAGGGACAGAGAAACGGCGUGCUGAAGGAGAGAGAGCAUAACACAGAGAUCAACUUCACAAGACAUUUAUUGUUGAAAUACAACACGGCUGAGUUGCAGGGAGGCAAGACGCUGUUCAGCGGCACACUCAAGCGAAAGAAGCGCAGGUUGAAGAAAACACGAAGGACAGAAUGAUGUGCCAUGCACACUGUUUUUAAAAGGGACCGAAGGAAUGUCUAGUUUGAAGAACAGAUAUACCUUUUUCAUUUAAGACAUCAGAUUCCCGAAAAAAGGACAUUGAAAACAUUUGACAGAAUAUAUAUUAAAACGUAAACUACGGAAUACAAUUCCCACGACAGACUGAUUGGAAAACUUAAAAACUCGAUCUCAUCGUCGUUUAACUUUACUGCUUGCCAUAUCAUUACUCUUUACAGCAAACGCUCAAAUCACCCACUGAAGAAAACUGGGGGAAACACCUUGGUCUGUCGUAUCUAGUACGACUCGCAUCAGAAGAAAACGCGAUUGCACCUUAUCACACUUUGCCUGACGGGAGGCAGCUCAACCAGAGGCUUAGGGACAAAAUGUUCACAUUUUUGGUCGCCCUUUGCCAUAUGAUAGCAGCAGCUGAAGCCGCAUACUUCUCACAGCAACCUCAGGACCAGGUCGUGGUGUCUGGCCAGUCAGUGACACUGCCCUGCAUCAUCGUUGGAUACCGUGGCAUGGUGCAGUGGACCAAAGAUGGCCUGGCUCUCGGGGGAGAGAGGGACCUGCCAGGCUGGACACGCUAUUCUCUGAUGGGCGAUGCACUCUCGGGGGAGCACAGCCUGCAGAUAGACUCCACCGAGCUUGCCGACGAUGCCAUGUACGAGUGUCAGGCCACGCAGGCGGCGCUGCGCUCUCAUCGUGCCAAACUCACUGUGCUAGUGCCCCCAUCUGACCCGGUGGUGGAGGGAGGUCCGGUCGUAAAGCUGAAAGCUCACACCCCUCACAACCUUACCUGUAGAGCUUCAGGGGCCAAACCAGCAGCAGAGAUCACCUGGUACAGAGAUGGAGAGAUCCAGGACUCUGCCAUUUACUCCAAGACGCUCAUGGAGGACGGCAAACGGGAGGUAGCGGUGAGCAUGCUCCCACUUACCCCCGAAGACAAAGACUCGGGGAGCAUUUAUACUUGCAGGGUGCUGAACCCUGCCGCCCCAGGUGGGCGGCAGACCUCGGUCACCAUCAGUGUGCAGCACCCACCUUCAGUGACUCUGUCUGCUCAGCCACAAACAGUGAUGGAGGGAGCCAAGGUCCUCUUUAUUUGCAUGGCCUCUGCCAACCCAGAGAUCACAGGUUACAGGUGGUCAAAGGGUGGCGUUCCCAUACCUGAAGCCAACAGAGACAGGCUGGAGGUGACAGUGGAUUACUCCUACUUCACAGACCCAGUAUCCUGUGAGGUGUCCAAUUCUGUGGGCAGCACCAAUGUCAGCACACUCGUUGAUGUCCAGUUUGGUCCCAGACUGCUAUCCGAGCCCAAGCCUGUGGUUGUAGACAUAGGAAUGGAUGCAGCCUUCACCUGCUCAUGGACCGGCAAUCCCCCCUUAACCCUGGCCUGGACCAAGCAGAGCUCCAGCGUGGUUCUCAGCAAUGGGAACACUCUGCAGCUGAAGGCUGUCACACAGGAAGAUGCUGGAGUCUACACCUGCAAAGCGAUUGUUCCCAGGAUUGGGGUGGCUGAGAGAGAGGUCACUCUCACUGUCAAUGGCCCCCCCAUCAUCACUGCAGAUGCCACACAGCAUGCAGUCAAGAACUCCAAGGGCAAGCUAGAAUGCCUGGUGGACAGUAGCCCCCCUCCUGACAAGAUCGUGUGGACCUUCGGGGACAUGAGCCUGGCCUCUGGUUCUUCGGGACGCUUCACUGUCCAGACAGGCGCCACAGAUAGAGGAGUCCUGUCUUCCCUCAUCCUCUCGGAGACCCUUGCACAAGACUUCCAGCUACGUUAUAAUUGCACUGCCUGGAACCACUUUGGAACAGGCACUGCAUUGGUCACCCUCAAGGAGCAAGAGGCUCUCCCUAUACUCAUCAUUGUGGGGACUUCAGUCGGGGGAGGCUGUGUCCUCCUCAUCUGUAUCAUCACCCUGGUCACCCUCUGUUGCAGAAACUCUGUAAAAAGUAAAAAGGGAACAAGGCUCUCUAAAAGUGACAUCAGAGUCCAAAUUGUGCACAGUGAUCACAAUGCAACACGGAGCAACGAUGAUGAGGAAGAUGUCAAGGAACCUAUGGCCCCAAACAGCAGUGAAUCUCCAGGUACAUCUCGAACAGAACACAGCGACCUUCUAGAAGAGGAGGAGGAUGAGCGAUCUGAGAUCAAGGAUCCCACCAAUGGCUAUUACAAUGUUCGGGCUCAUGAAGAUCGCCAUGUACGCAGUGGUUUUUCUGAAUAUGUGUCCAAUCCACGGCCUGUCUAUACUCCAUCCCAGCUGGCCUCACCUAACCCGCUGUAUGGGCAACACAGCACCCAGCCACGGAUCUAUGAUUUCUCCCAUCGCUAUGCCACCACCACGGGUGCACGCUCUACCUAUGAGCAGCAGCAGCAGCAGCAGCAGCAGCAACAGCAGCAGCAGCAACAGCAGCAGCAGCAACAGCAGCAGCAGCAACAGCAGCAGCAGGGAAUGUACCCCCCCGAGCCCCUGUAUGGCAGCUCUGCUUACCUGCCUGCCACAUACGGCCGUGCCUUUACGAGCUACGUCAAGCCCUCUGCCUAUGAGAAGGUGGAUGCCUACGAUCACUCGGAUCAAGCCAGCAAAGUGUCCAGCUCCUCGCGUUUCUCCUAUGCUUCCUCCCAGGUGUCUUCACAGCUGUCUGACUAUGGCCGCCCCUCACACCAGCGCAUGCAGACACACGUUUGACAAGCCGGGGAUGCUGCAAGGGAUAAUAAGUGAUCUAUUCAAGCAUCUUCUCUAUAGGCUACACGGACACUGCUUCUCUUUCCCGUGGAAUAGGUCUUGAAGAGGACCAUUGGCUGAAGAUUUAAGUUUUUUGGGAAUACUGUUUUUAAUUUAUUGUGUGUUAUUGUUCAAUUGGAUCUGUAUCUUCUUAUCCUCUGGAUGAAUUGGAGCUUCUGAUGAUGAAUUCCCUUCAAGUGUGCUUCACUAUUUAUUUUUUUUAAGGAUGACAAAGGCAAAGACACAAUAGUUUCAUUGAUGCCAUCUGCUUAACUGUUUAUGAUUUAUAUUGUGUAUGGGAUGGUGUAAAUUAGAAAUCUCCUCUUACCAAAUGCCCCAUGGCUUUGGGGUGAAAACGGGAUUCAAAUAUUUGCAUCUUGUGAACUUAAAUUUUUUUUUAAAAAGAAAACUCAUGAAUUUUUGUUUACAUCAGCAUGCAAAAGAAUUCUAAGCACAUUCACAUUUCAAUCCAUUAUAAAAGACUGAGCCAAACCAUGAGGUUCAACUUCAAACUGUGAAACAGGCAUAAAAGUACAGCCAAGCAUCAUUCACAUAUUUUCUGGAUGAUGAAUUCUGUAGUUUUCCUAAAAAGAUAUUUUAUGCUUUUAAGAUUAUUUCAGACAAUAGUUCUGGCCUGAUGGAUCAGUGCAGACAAUUGAAAAUAAUGGAUUUCAAAUAACGGAAAAAAGCUGAUAGCAUUAGGUUACAGCUACGAAAGAUGAAAGAUAGUCUGUAUUAAUCAUUUUUGCUUCAACGGGGGAUGAGUGACAAUGAAUAUCCAAAGAUUGUGGGAUAUGCGCAGGUGGAAAUGGCUGCCUUGCUCUAUCAUUUCUGUGCGAUUACAGUGUACAUCCUAGGCUCACUUUAAAAAUUAUGAGCAUCACCGUUCAGUAAUGUAGCUUAUUUUCAGUUUAAGGCUGUGUUCUUGUACAGAGAAGGCUUUGAAACUUGGUUGCAAUUUAGCCAAACUUUUUGAUCAUGAAGCUUGAUUACCAAUGGGAAACAGUCACAUAAGUAUCCAUCCAUCCAUCUUCCUUUUUUUUUUUUUUUCCAUCCAUCUUCCAACUGCUUAUCCUGGUGAGGGUUGCGGGACAUGAGUAUGUAGGAGCUUGAAAACGUUUACAAACCCUAUACUACCCAAAACUAGUUAAGUGUACAAAAACAUUGUCUAUCUGUUGCAUGCAGAUUUGUUCAAGUGAAAUACUUCGACAUUUUUCAUUUCCAUUGCCAAUGUGAAAGAUUACAUAUUGUAUCUUGUUGCAACUUGGAUUCAGUUCACUGGAACGGUGUACUGCCAUUUUCUCAGAACUGUCCACAAUCCACUGGGUUGGGAAAUGAAGCAAAGAGUGAAAAAUAUUGCUCGUCUUUAUUUUUAUAUUUUAUAUAAGCCUUAAUGUACAGCGUGUAAGCUGCUUUACUGUAAAUUGUAUCUUUAUAUAUACAUGAAUAUAUAUCCUAACUUGAUUUUUAAAUCUGUCCUCCAUUUGUCUUUUACUGUUUGUCCAUCAACGAAAGCAGAGAAAUGCUUUUUUGAACGCGACUAAUGGCCAUUGUUUUAUUUAAUUUUUAA